AUGAAAGUUCAGUUUGGAAUACUCAGUGUUAGUUUUUGCUCAUUCAGUGCCACUCAUUCCCAUCAUUUUUUGGUGCUCAUUCCUAGGUAUGGCAUUAAAAACAUCCAUUAUGCUGUGGCUAUAAAACUGGAUCAUGCAUACUGCGUAGAACGUACACCAACAAUCUUGGAGACAGUUUUGCCCAGGAGCAAAAUGCAGCAGAUGAAGAAUGCUCUUGACCACAAGAAUGGAAUAUAUGUCCCAAAGCCAAUAGGAGAUGUCAUUGCAGCUAGGCCAAGAUUUACCCGUAGUAAAGAGCACGCGGAAUGGCGCUUGCUGACUGGAGGCCAGAAUAGCCCUGUAGAAAGGAUCCUAUCCAAUAAAGACCAAAAUAGUUGCCUGAUCUUCUUUAGCAAAUUAUCUCCUUGUGUAGAACGUUGCCUCAAUGAGAGUGAUGCGAGAAACAUUGUCCAGAUGGUCAACCCCCUUUUUAACAGAUACAGUGAGGAUUCCAGGGCUUUUGUUUUUGAGACUGUUUACAUGAAGGAUACAGUGAAAGAGCAUGAGGCUGUGGUGGGGGCUUGGGAACACAUCCAGGGUGCCCCCCUAUUCCGGUGCUACAGUAGCAACAGAGGUUGCAUCAAAUGUUUUGAUGACAACCAGUUGAGUGACAGAAACCCCUGCUUAGGCGAUGAGGUAGAGACAGAAAGGUAG